AUGGACCUACUGGGCCAGACCAGUACCCCUCUGCUGGGUCGAGCAGGUGUGUGCCCACUGCCCGCUGCCAGUUCGGUGUGCCAGUCUCAGCCGUGUCAGAACGGCGGCUCGUGCCAGGAGGAUGCCCCCUCGGAGUACCUGUGCCAGUGCCCUGCCGUGGCGCCACUCAACAUCCCCGUGCCUCACCGGUGCCCGCCAGAGCAUCAGCCCUGCCCGUCUUGGCCCUGGCCAUGCCAGGGAAACACCACGUGCCACCCCAGCUCUGUCACGGAGCUGUCGUGCCACUGUGAGGCGGGCAGCGGCGGGCAGCCGUGCCAGUCGAGCGUGCAGCGGUGUGCCCAGGAGCUGUGUGGUAUAGCGGAGGGGGUGCGGUGCCACCUGUCCUCUACCAUCCCCUCUCCCUCUCCCAACCGCUCCACAGAACGGGCGUUCCGCUGCGUGUGCCCGCCGGGCUUCACGGGGCGCCGGUGUGAGACCGCGGUGGACCCCUGCCGGCCCAACCCGUGCCGCAACCGGGCGCUGUGCCGCCGGAGCCCCGCAGGAGGGCCCACUUGCUACUGCGUGCCCGGGUACCAGGGUCCCCUAUGUGAGGUGGAGGUGGAUGAGUGCAUCUCUAUACCCUGCCGGAACGGGGCCACGUGCAUCAACAAGAUCGGACGCUUCCACUGCCUCUGCCCCCCGGGCUUCACAGGUGUGUGCUGUGAGCUUCCUGUUGAUGAGUGCCAAUCACAGCCCUGCCUGAAUGGGGGCCGUUGCCACGACUACAUCAAUGGCUUCUCCUGCACCUGUGUGGCUGGUUUCCAAGGAGACCGUUGUGAAGUGGAUGUUGAUGAGUGUGUGGACCAGCCGUGCCAACAUGGUGCCCGCUGCGUAGAUGGCGUCAAUGGGUUCACCUGUGACUGUGCCAACACCGGGUACAUGGGUGCCCACUGUGAGGUGCUCGUGCCACCCUGCCUGUCUAACCCAUGCCUCAAUGGCGCCCCCUGUCAGGAGAAUAGCACACAGUACACCUGCAGGUGCUGGCCAGGGUUUGAGGGCGACCGCUGUGAGCUGGAUGUGAGUGAGUGUGAGAGCGCCCCCUGUCAGCAUGGAGGUCGCUGUCUGGAACUCUCCUGGAAGACGCUGUACGGCGCCGAGCCUGACCUGCCCACCACCUACGAUCCCAAACACGCCGCAGGGUUCAAAUGCAGCUGCCCCUCCGGAUAUAAAGGUGUGGUGUGUGAGAACGAGAUCAGCGAGUGCGAUGCCUCCCCCUGUGAGAACGGCGGCGUGUGUGAGAGCGCCCCCGGCGGCUUCGUGUGCUCGUGCCCGCGCGUGCCCGCCCCGGACGGCUACCUGUACGGCGGGCGCACCUGCUCGGAGCCGCUCCUGGGCUGCGCGGGGCACGAGUGCCAGAACCGCGCCACCUGCGCGCCCUUCCUGAGCGAGGGGCGCCACGGCUAUGCCUGCCUGUGCCCGCCGGGCUUCACGGGCUCUCGCUGCCAGACGCCCACCACCUUCUCCAUCGAGCGGCGGGGUGGCCAUCUUGUCCUCCAGACGCCCCUCUUGGACGCCCACGCCGAGUCCAACAUCACCCUCAGCUUCCGCACCGUGCUGCCCAGCGUCGUGCUCUUCCAGCGGGGCAGCGGGGGACCACUACUCAGCCUGGAGCUCCACCGGGGCCGACCGAGACUCACACUCAGUCUACAUGGAGGUGUGAGGGAGCAGCAUCAGGUGGGGGUGGUGGAGCUGGGCCGGGAGGUGGCGGAUGGACGGUGGCACACCGUGAGGGCACUACUGGGGGAGGGGGGACUACAGCUGGCACUGCUGGGGGAGGAGGGCUGUGGCGUGGGUGGGGGCGGGUAUGGAGACGGGUAUAGUGAAGAGGGCAGCGGGGGUAUGGGAGGCGGGGGCUGGGAGGUCCCCCAGUGCGAGGGGAGAGCCCAGGUGGAAAGCGGGCCCAUGGGGGCCGCGCUACAGCACACGCUCAUCGGGGCCGCCGUGACUGGUGGAGACGGCUCCGGGGGCGGGACUAAGGGCGGAGCGCAGGGCUUCAUUGGCUGCUUCCGAGACCUGCACGUGGACUCGCAGCUCAUGGUGCCUGAGGAUUGGCUCAGCAGCUCGGCCGUCAACGUGACGCGCGGCUGCAGCCACCGCGACCGCUGCCUGGAGCAGCCGUGCCAACAUGGCGGACGCUGCGUUAACCUCUGGCAGGCCUACCAGUGCCACUGCCCCCGGCCGUACCUGGGAGAAGACUGCUCUACAGAGUACAUCACCGCUCGUUUCGGGCAUGGAGACGUCCAGAGCUACGCCCUCUUCUCUCUGGACCAGGAGGACUCCGCCUUCCCAUCAGCCCUCUCGGAAUCCCUGUCGGUGUCGGUGUUUGUGCGUACGCGUCGGCCCACAGGCCUGCUACUGGCUUUGUCCAGGGGCUUGGGGGGUGAGUACCUGCCUGGCUUGGGGGACACGGACUUGUUCCUGCGUGUGUGGCUGCAGCAGGGUGUCGUGCACGCUCAGGCCCAGCAGGGGGAGCAGGUGAGCGGCAGCACCCCCCUGAGCGACGGAGAGCUUCACCUGGUCACCGUGACAACGGAGGGGGGGCGGCUGAGGAUCCUCCACGCGGGGAAGCUUGAGGGGCAGGGAGUCGUUGUGGAGACGCCCACCCUGAGGUUGCAGCAGGGGGACCAGGUGUACGUGGGGGGGUUGGAGGAGGAGGGGGCCACGCAUGCGGCUGGAGGGGGCUACUUCAAGGGCUGUCUGCAGGACCUGAGGGUGGGGGGGCUGGCCCUGCAGUUCUUUCCUCAGGAGAUAGAGGAAGGAGGGGGCAGUGGAGGGAGCAGCGCCUCCUUGCUGCCCCUGAAGAUGAAUAACGUCAAUCAGGGAUGUGAUGGAGAUGAUGCAUGCAUGAACAACCCAUGUCAGAAUGGGGGGAUGUGCUUCUCUGCGUGGGAUGACUUCCUGUGUACCUGCCCCGCCCACACGGAGGGCCAACACUGCGAGCAGGUCAGGUGGUGCGAGCUCUCCCCCUGCCCCCCCGACACACUCUGCCAACUCGUCACCCACGGAUAUGAGUGUAUGGCCACCAUGAUGUUUGAGGGCAACUCGACCCUGCUCUACCGGGCCAGUGAGGGCAUGUCCACCAGCCUGACCAGCAUCUCCUUCCGCCUGCGCACCAGCCAGCGCAACGCCGCCAUCUUGCACGCCCAGAGCGGACAGCAGUUCGCCACCGUGUGGCUGCAGGACGGAUAUCUGGUGCUGCAGCUGCUCAGCGGAGACCAGCACUCUUCAUCACCAUCCCCCCUGACGCUCCGCAGCUCGGUGGCCGUGAGCGACGGCUGGUGGCACCGCGCCGAGUUCCUGAUGACGGCCCCCUGGGCUGACUCCUCCCCCUGGACGCUCGUAUUGGACGACAGGGAGGAGCUCACCAGCACCUCGGGAGGGGCGGAGUCCGGCAGCCUGGACUUCAUCAGGGGAGGGAGACGAGGGGGAGGAAGAGGAGGAAGAAUAAAACGAGGAGGAAGAAGAGGAGAUGGACUGGGGGGUCUGGGUUUGGCUCAGGGGGGGUCAGCAGGUCUGGUGGGCUGCCUGAGCUCUGUGGAGCUGGGCGGUCUCCCUCUGCCCUUCUUCGCCCCCACCCAGCUCACCUUGCCGCGGCAACAGCCUGAGCGCUUCGACCUGGCGUCUGUGACGGGCUCUGCCCCGUCCGUGGGUUGCCGCGGCGACGCCGUGUGCCGGCCGGACACGUGCCUGAGCGGCGGGCGAUGUCGGGACCUAGCGGGCUACGUGUGCGAGUGCCCCCACGGCUGGGUCGGCCAGCGCUGCGAGGUCCUGGAGGACACCUGCCUCUCCUCACCCUGUCUCCACGGCAACUGCAGCGUGGAGGGGCGUGCGUACAGGUGUGCGUGCCAGGUGGGCUACUCGGGGCAGCGCUGCGACUACCAGGUGGACGUCUGCGACGAGCACCUGUGUGCCCACGGCGCCACCUGCCUGCACGGAGUCAACAGCUACGGUUGCCUCUGCCCCGACAACUACACCGGGCAGUACUGCAGUAAGAGGAUUGAGGACCCUCCAUGGUAUAUCGACAUCAGGAAAGAGUUUCGUCCUCGUCUGCCGGUCUCCGUCUGUGGGGAUGAGGAGCGUAACUACACCUGUUUCAACGGGGGCAACUGCUCUGAGGAGUACCUCUACUGUGAAUGCACCAGCGGAUUCACUGGACACCGGUGUGAGAUCGAGGUGGACGAGUGCGCCUCGAACCCGUGCCUGAACGGCGGCUACUGCCGCAACAUGGUCGGCCGCUUCCAGUGUGUGUGCGAGAUGACGUUCGGCGGCGAGAUCUGCGAGAUCGACGUGAGUGUCUCGUCGGACCUGCUGCUGCCGGCUUGCCUGGUUGCCAUGGCGAUGCUGGCGGGGUUGGCGGGUACCCUGGCAGGGCUGGUGGUAGGACUUAAACGCCGGGCCACACGCGGAACAUACAGCCCCAGCCGGCAGGAGAAGGAGGGAUCACGCGUAGAGCUGUGGAACAUCGUACAGCCACCUCCUACAGAGAGACUCAUCUGAUGGGGGGUGGGGGGUCUGGGGAGAGGUCAUGGUGAUGGAGAGGAGAGGGGUGG